CCGGAGUCCGUUUUGAGCUUUCACCGCGAUUAUACUGAAUUCAGACAUCGAGAGAGUUCACCAUAAUAGUUUUUUUUUUAAAUUUUCCUCAUUCCUCACUGAAAUUUAUCAAGGAAUAUCAUACACGACCUUUGGAUUAAAUAUUUUAGUUUUUCUUUCUAUUAAUUUUCAUUCUUUCUGGUUUUCAUUGAAAGAAAAACGGAUUUUUGUCUCAUUAUUUCUGUAUGGAGAAAAAUGAAUUAAAAUUUACCAAAUCGAAUUUCGAACGAAAAGUGUUUUAGUGUUUUUAAGAAUCCGAGUAUAUCGUUAUAAUUCGAGUAUAAAGUGUGUCGUUUCUUUGAUAUUUAUAUAUAUAUGCAAACGUUGUUUAAAUGAAAAAGAUUUUCUAUUUGAGAUCAUGGCGAUAGAGCGAGCCAUUAACUAACGAAUAAACCGUACGUGAAUGUCUGCGUUUUUUUUUCUUCUUCAAUAGCUGUGACUGCCUUCGUAUUAAGUUGUGUGUAGUUCGGACGGUUACGACGUGGAAUACCAGUAGCUGAUAUUUAUUUAUAAUACCCAAGUGAAUUUUCAUCAUCAGCAGUAUCAAAUCAUUGGAAAAAAAAAAUUAUUAAAUUUAAUUACUUGAACGUUAAAGUUAAUUUCUGAAAAAAUUGAAAUCCUUUUUUUUAUCGAAUGGAAGAAAAAAAAAGGGAAAAACAAGAACGAAUAAAAAAGAAUCUAAAGUGAAAAUUGUGUGCUCGUUCUGCUAUUAAUUAAAAGUUUUUGUUGUACAAGAGAAAAAGAAAAACAGGAGACAUAAACGACGAAAAAGUGACACUUUUCCACUCACAAAUUGAAAACUGAACAUAAAUAAUGUAAUCAACAUGUGGUGCAUACACACACACAAAAAAGUCGAAAAGAAAGUUAAGUAAUCCUAGGAAAAUAAACAGUUUUCCGAUCAGUUUUGAAUGAAAAUUUAUUGAAACGAAAUUACGGCUACACAAAAUAUAUAGAACAUGAUUCGGUGGAAAUAGGAUCAGAGUUUAAAAUACUUAAUCAAAAAAUACCGAAAGCCAAAAAAAAAAUUGAGUGGAAAAUUAAUUGUGAUAAAGUACAACACUGACAUGGCGUUCGAUGGUGGUUCGGAUUUCCGGUAACCCGUUCAGUAACAAAAAAUUUCGACAGCGAAAAAAGAAAAGGAAUAAAUCGCCGAUUCGAAAUAGUAAUAUAGCUUUAACCGAGGAACAAAACAAAUUCAAAAUUAGUUCGAUCAAUUAAGACGGAAUCGAAAUAAUUCAAUUGAAACGGAGUUCAACGGGUCAAUUGUUAAAAAUGCAGCAAACACAAGACCAACAUCACUUGAACGCCAACGUAAACAGUGCAAAUAAUCAGGGUCAGCAAAAUGGGAACGUUGUAACCGGUACAGCUGCACCGAAUUCGCCGGGAUCAACAGGCGCCACUGUUGGUCGAACUCAGAUCAGCGGCGGACGGUUCGACUUUGAAGAUGGCGGCACGUACUGUGGUGGCUGGGAAGAAGGAAAGGCGCAUGGACAUGGUGUGUGUACGGGACCGAAACAUCAGGGUGCGUAUUCGGGUGCUUGGAACUAUGGCUUCGAAGUGUCUGGCGUUUAUAUAUGGCCGAGCGGCUCAUCGUUUGAGGGUCAAUGGCAAAACGGAAGACGACACGGUCUGGGCGUCGAAACCAGAGGCCGUUGGAUAUAUCGGGGUGAAUGGACCAGCGGAUCAAAGGGACGAUAUGGUGUCCGGCAAAGUGCAACAUCGACGGCUAAAUAUGAAGGAACGUGGGCGGGUGGUCUUCAGGAUGGAUAUGGAUCGGAAACAUAUGCUGAUGGAGGAUCAUAUCAAGGUCAAUGGCAGGAGGGAAAACGUCACGGCUACGGUGUUCGAACGUCCGCACCAUUCGGUCUGGCUUCGCACUAUCGCCCCAAAACGAUACAAACAUCGAUGACCUCGUUGCGAAGCAAUGACGGAGGCAAUCAGGAUCCAGCUGAACGGCGCAAUCAUCGCAUGGAUGAGGUUCGUGGCGGUUUCGUGUUGAAAGCAAAAUCUGAUGAACCACCGGCGAGGCGGAAUAGUUUGGUGGAAAAAACGAAGAAGGGAUUAUUGUCGGGUUUGAAGCUGAAAAAACAACGAAGCACCGGAGACCUGGAGAAGCGUGGAACGGUUGCAUCGGGCAGUAUACGUUCGACAGUUUCUACUGCCUCAUGGAUUAGUACUGGUUCGUCGCAGUCAGCCAUGUCAAAUAAAUCGAUUCACACAGAUUCAAAUGCAAGCUUUACGGUAGAUGAAGAGCAACUGGAUCCGAGCAUUACGGAAACAUAUAUGGGCGAAUGGAAGCGUGAUAAACGAGACGGAUAUGGUAUAUCGGAACGUACCGACGGACUCAAAUACGAAGGCGAAUGGCACAAUAAUAAAAAGCACGGCUACGGUGUGACAACGUUUAGGGAUGGUACGAAGGAAGAGGGCAAAUACAAAUGCAAUGUGUUGAUAACUAGUCAGAAGAAGAAACAUUUAUUUUUGAUUCGAUCGGCAAAGUUCCGGGAACGGAUCGAAGCAGCCGUCAGUUCAUCCACGCGUGCGUCUAAAUAUGCACUACAAAAAGCUGACAUUGCUGUGUCUAGAACUUCAACGGCACGAGGUAAAGCUGAAAUGGCGGACAGUGUUGCCGAUCACGCGAAACUUGAUUCCGAAGUGGCAGUGGCUACAGCUCGUGAAUUUGCACCCGAUUUUAAGCCGUCAGUAUUAGAGCGAUUCGAAAGAAUACGUACGCGAGAUCGGUUUAGACCUCACACAGACUUGGAUCAAACGAUCAAAACGGGUGGAGUUAAUUCGCCGAGUCAUCAAAUUGAUAACCGGCACUUUGGCGACGUACCGUCACCACAGAAGCCAGCGAUUCGAAGAACGUCUAUGCUACAGAAACAAGCGUCAAUGGACUACACCACCAUGACAAAUAUGACUAACACCCAAAGCAUCAACAUUUCGGCGUACAGCACUACGCAAAACCCACCUUAUCAAUACACACAACAACAACCCCCGGGAACAAAUUAUUCGGAUACUCAAAGCAACUAUGGGAACUCAAAUCCAUCGCCAAAUCAAAUGCCAAAUCAAACAACCAAUUCUUCGUACAACCCGAAUUAUAGCAGUCAUAUUCAGCAGUCGCAACUGUUAAAGCAGCCAUCGCUGCAGCAAGAUUAUGGUGAAUACAGUGGCCAACAGCAGCACACAAGUGAUUAUGGCGCGUAUCACUCCCAAAGUCCAUCCAACUACAAUAACUUGCCCAGUAUGGAUUUGGGCCACCAACAAGACAUGUUACAAAGAACUCAACCACAAAAUACCCAAUUGGAUAUGCGUCGCAAUUCCAGGCUACCGAACGACAGCAAUCGACCCAUGCUGGGCAACAUUACACAAUCGUCGAUUGACCAUUUCGAUCAUUACAAACGUGCACCGAGUCGCGAUUCAUCCGUAGAUAGAUAUGCAAGAGCAGCCAGUAGAUUAGGCGGUGGUUCCAGACAGCCAUCCAUUGAUAGGAAUAUAGGUGUUAAUAAUACAAUGACCGACACUCCGGAUCGAAGUGUACGGGCAGGAUCUGCAUUUAGAACAACAACGCCAGUGACGACUGGCAAUGGGGCAGUGUUAACGGGCACUGGUGCGUCCAGAUCUACAACGCCAGUGUAUCAGAUGUCAUCCGCACAAGCUGUUUACUCUAGUCCCAAUCAGCCAUUUGAAGACAUUUUGCUGCGGCAAAGAACGUUAGGACAAGAUAUUAUUCCAUCGCCACGGGAACCGAAGCGCACCGAGUCUUUGUACUUGCCACCGAAACCGAAUGCCGCUGCGGCUGUUGGUGGUGGUGUUGGAGCUGGAGGAGGAAAAACGAAACUGAAGAGUGUUCCUAUUGCAAUACCACUUUCUCGCAAAAAAUCACUUCCACAUGUUCAAGAACUCCCGAAAGCAACCGAUCCAAUGAGCCGGGAAGAAGUGUCCGCAUUAGGCUCAGCCAGACGUGAAGAAGUUCGUCGACAAAUUGAAAAUUCCGAAAGAUUGAAAGCAAAUCCAUUAUUAUAUUUAGUCAGUCCACCAGUGAAGGACUGGUUCUCGCGCCAGCAAUUGGUUAUGCUGGUGCUACUGAUCAACAUAGCAUUGGCCCUCAUGUUUUUCAAAAUGCUUACAUAGCGUCAAUUUCAAAUGCAAAUCUAUCAUUUAUUCACAUCUUCGUUUGUGUUUGCGUAUUUUAAGUGGAUAAUGUACGUGGCUACGGCAAAUGCUCUUUCCACACCACUCACAUUUUGAUGAUUUAUUAUGCUGCCACUAUUUUUUCAUCAUAUCAAAUAGACGAACACCGGGAAUGAGUUGAUAUUACCGAGAAAAAAAAAAGAAGGACAAAGUUUAUAGAAAAUAUGACUCACUAUCCAGUCUUCGAUUUGUAAGGCUUCAUGGAAAUUAUGUCUUAAGAUUACAAUAAGUUAUGUAGUAUGUUAAGAGACGAUUUACUUUAAAUGCUUUUAGAUAAUUUAAAAUAAAUUUAAAUUGUUACUAAAAUUAAAUGAAAAGAAAACCAACAAAAAAAGUAAAAUUGAAAAACUUUAUCCAUCAUCGUUUGUAAUACCAAACAUUUGUUUUUCAAUUUUUUAUUUUUAUUUAUUCGAAAUUAUUGUCAUCAACUCAAACCAUUUGCUAGGUUCGUAAUUGAAACGAUUUACAGUCUUUUUUAUUAAUGUUUUUUUUUUUUAAUUUAAUUAUUUACAUUUUAGAAAUAUUAUGAUUAUUGUCAUUGUAAUAUUAUAUUAUCAUUGCUACAACUGCAUUAUAUCGAACAUAUAUUUGAUCAAAAGUAGUUUUUUUUUUCUUUUCUUUUUUCUGUUGUUGUUGUUAAUUUAUAAAUAUUUAUAUGUUACAAAUCUUUAAUCGUCUGCCAUCCAUUUAAUUUUUAUUAAUUUAUUAAUCGGAAAGUUUUUCUUACAUUAUAAAUGAUUCAUAAAAAUUAAAUAAAUUAAAU